AGGAAGAAGAGGAAACGAGGAGGAGGAAGGAGGGGUAGUUCGUUGGUUCGUUGGUUCCCUGCCCUCUGUCGAUUGCCUCCCUUACAGAUGACCUCAUGCGGGGAGGAGGAGGAGGAGCCCAGCGUCCCGUAGCCUACCUUGGUGGAUCAAGUGAGGGACUGAGUUUGUGUGGAGAUACGCUGGAAGACUGGGAAAACUUUUUUUUUUUGGUAGUUUCAUUUCCAUGACAUUUAUCAGGAGUCCUACAGAGAGGAUUCCAAGAAUCUUGCCAUGUUCAAGGCAGUGCUGAAGAAGAACAGAGAUGGAGGCAAGGGGAGCAAGAAGGAAUCAGGUGAUGUCCACAGCCACAGUGCCCAAAGAAGAUUCCCACCUGAGGGAAACCCUCAACCCCAGGGGCCUGGCAACGGCCACCCAAAUGUCCCAGAUGAUGUUUUCAGAUUAAGCCUGGCCAAGGGAGUGUCCAUGUCUCUUCCAUCCUCACCUCUUCUGCCACGACAGUCCUACAUGAUGCCCUUACGCCCUAACAAGAGAUCACCAGCAGGUCCAAUCAGGAAGCCCAAAUAUGUGGAGAGUCCUCGUGUUCCUUCUGAUGCCAUCGUUUCAGCGCUGAGGAAGGUGGCCGAUAACAAGGAGUCCUCACACAAUGAGCUGCAAGCAGAGAAACAGCCAAGCUCCUCCUCCCCUGCCACUCAGGAACUGAUGACAAGGCUGGGCUUUUUACUAGGAGAAGGGAUCCCGGGUACGGCACGCAUACCUAUGGACGACAAGAAUGAAAAGAAGUGCUCUGUGACUAGCCAGGGUAUCAGCCCCUGCUCUACACUGACCAGCAGCACGGCGUCUCCCAGCACUGACAGCCCAUGUUCCACACUCAACAGCACCACCAGCCGCCCCCCUCUCAGCCGCUCCAGCCCAUGUGGGACCAUCACAAGCCCCAGCUCCACACUUGAGAGCAAGGACAGUGGAAUAAUAGCCACCAUCACUAGUUCUUCGGAGAAUGAUGACCGCAGCGGCUCCAGCCUGGAGUGGAGUAAGGAUGGCAGCCUGAGAGGCAGCGGGCGCCAUGGCCUGGCACCGAGUGUGCGGGCUGAUACCUGCUCUCCUGUGGCCGAAGAAGACUCCAACAGUGCCACAGCAACACCAGUCGACACCCCAUCCAGGACAGGUCAGCAGCAGCAGUCCAACACAUCAGCUGGGGCACCACAGCCUCCAAGUCACUCACCUGAGGGACCCAUUCCAUACCCACAACAGACAUCUUCUUCCCUUAUGAUGCCGAGGCCGAACUCUGUAGCAGCGACCAGUUCCACAAAGCUGGAAGACCUGAGCUUUCUUGAUGAACAGCGCAACACCCCCCUGCGGACAUCCAUUCGCCUACCCUGGCAUAACACAGGAGGAAGGCCACCUCAGGACUCUAAAGCUCGUUUCACUCCCUACAAACCCGUGGACAUCAUGCUCAAGCCCUUGUUGUUUGAGGUGCCCAGCAUCACCACAGACUCUGUGUUCGUGGGCCGAGAUUGGCUCUUUCAGCAGCUGGAAGAUGUCCUGAAGGCCAGCGAGUCCACAGAGAACCACGGCGCUGUAGUGGUGGGCAGCGUGGGUUAUGGGAAGACGGCCAUUAUCUCCCGGCUAGUAGCACUGAGCUGCCACGGAGGCCGCAUGCGUCAGAUUGCCUCCAACAGUCCCAGUGCCUCCCCUAAAAGUGGUGGGGGACUAAGCACAGAACUUCCUCUCAGCCAGCCACCACAGCCCACUCCACCUUCCAGUGCUACCAACACGCUGAGGACCAAUAGCUGCCCGGGGACCCCCGAAAUGCAGCGACGUAGGGAAGAGGCUGUCAAACGCCUGGCUACAAAGGUGGUGGCAUAUCACUACUGCCAGGCGGAUAACACGUACACUUGUCUGGUACCAGAGUUUGUACAUAGUAUUGCUGCCCUGCUGUGCAGAGCACACCAGCUCAGUGCUUACCGGGAGCUGUUGCUGAAAGAGCCCCAUCUCCAGAGCAUGCUCAGUCUGCGCUCCUGUGUCCAGGACCCCAUGGCUGCUUUCCGGAGGGGGGUCCUUGAGCCACUAGCCAACCUUCGUAAAGAGCGGAAGAUUCCAGAGGAGGACCACAUCAUCUUGAUAGAUGGGCUGAACGAAGCCGAGUUCCAUAAGCCUGACUAUGGAGAUACCAUUGCCUCCUUUAUCACUAAGAUCAUUGCCAAGUUCCCCCCCUGGCUUAAACUGGUGGUAACUGUCCGAGUCAAUUUAGUGGAGAUCACCAGCCUUCUGCCCUUUUCCAAGAUCUCCCUGGAUGACUUUUCCGACAACAAAGAGAUAAGCAACGACCUCAAUGCGUAUAUCCAGUACCGCAUCAAUGGCAGCAAGGAUAUCAUGAACAAUAUUAGCCUGAAUGGCAAGGCUGACCCAAUCACAGUUGGUAAGCUUAGUAGCCACCUGAUCUCACGCAGCCAGGGUUCCUACCUGUAUCUCAAACUCACCCUGGAUCUGUUCGAAAGAGGCCACCUGGUGAUCAAGAGUGCCAGCUACAAAGUCGUGCCCGUCUCGCUGGCUGAGCUCUACCAGUUACAGUGCAACAUGAAGUUCAUGACCAAUUCGGCCUUUGAGCGCUCACUGCCCAUCCUCAAUGUGGCACUUGCCUCACUGCACCCCAUGACUGACGAACAGCUGUUCCAGGCUAUCAACGCCAGCUUCAUCCAAGGGGAGCUGCAAUGGGAGGACUUCCAACAACGCAUGGAGUUGCUCUCAUGCUUCCUCAUCAAACGGCGGGACAAGACACGCAUGUUUUGCCACCCCUCCUUCAGAGAGUGGCUGGUGUGGAGAUCUGAUGGAGAGAGUACGGACUUCCUCUGUGACCCCAGGACUGGCCAUGCUCUUAUGGCUUUCAUGCUUUCCCGCCAAGAGGGGAAACUGAAUCGUCAGCAGACCAUGGAGCUGGGACACCACAUCCUCAAAGCACACAUCUUCAAGGGCCUGAGUAAGAAAACAGGUGUGUCAUCCAGUGUGCUGCAGGCUUUGUGGAUCAGCUGCAGUGCUGAUGGCCUUUCUGCAGCCUUGGCCUCCCUGAGGAAUCUCUACACACCCAACAUCAAGGUGAGCCGUCUGCUGAUACUGGGUGGGGCAAACGUGAAUUACCGUACAGAGGUCCUGAACAACGCGCCAGUGCUUUGCGUCCAGUGCCACCUUGGUCACCAGGAAAUUGCCUCCCUGCUGCUUGAGUUUGGGGCCAGCGUAGACGUGGUGUCUGAAAAUGGCAUGAACCCCCUCUGCUUCUCAGCCGCUGCAGGACACUUGGGACUAGUCAUGCUGCUCUGCAAGAGGGGGGCCAAGGUUGAUAAUGUAGACAAGAGUGGCCAGUGUGUGCUGGUUCAUGCUGCUCUCCGAGGACACCCUGAGAUUAUCCAGUACCUGCUCGAGCUAGAAUGGAGUGCUGAGGGGCAGCAGCAGGACUGCGCUCUGAAGAACAAAGCUCUGCAGCAGGCUUUGAUAGCAGCCUCCAGCAUGGGACACACACAGGUUGUGAGGGGCUUGCUGGAGUUGAAUAAUGAGCAUGCUGUGCAAAUUGAUAGCCACGACACUCUGUGGGGAGAGACAGCUUUGACGGCAGCAGCAGGCCGGGGGAAGAUGGAGGUAUGCAGCUUCCUGUUGGAGCAGGGGGCAGUGGUGCAGCAGUUCAACCGGCGGGGGGUGUCUCCUCUCUUCUGCGGCGUCAGACAGGGACACUGGCAGAUCGCAGAGCUGCUGUUGCAGCACGGUGCUGACAUUAACAUCAGUGACAAGCAGGGCAGGACCCUACUCAUGGUGGCUGCCUGUGAGGGUCACCUGAGCACCGUAGAGUUUCUGCUUUCUAAAGGUGCAUCUUUGACUUCGAUGGACAAGGAGGGACUGACACCCCUGAGCUGGGCAUGUUUAAAAGGACAUAAGAACGUAGUGCAGUUUUUGGUGGAGAAAGGUGCGGUCAUCGACCACACGGACAAAAACGGACGAACUCCUCUGGACCUCGCUGCCUUCUACGGGGAUGCAGAGAUUGUCCAAUAUUUGGUGGAAAGAGGAGCAGUGAUAGAGCAUGUGGACUACAGUGGGAUGAGGCCUCUGGACAGGGCCAUAGGCUGUCGGAACACGUCAGUGGUGGUGACUCUGCUGAAGAAAGGGGCCAAGCUGGGCUACAGAACGUCUCCUUACGAUCGAUCAGGGAAUGCUGCUUGGGCCAUGGCUACUUCCAAGCCUGAUAUCCUGAUCAUUCUUCUUCAGAAGCUGAUGGAAGAGGGAAACCUACUUUACAAGAAAGGGAAGAUGAAAGAGGCAGCCCAGAGGUACCAGUACGCCCUGAGGAAAUUUCCUAGAGAAGGCUUUGGCGAUGACCUGAAGGCAUUCAAAGACCUGAGGGUCUCUCUGUACCUCAAUCUCUCCCGCUGUCGCAGAAAAACCAACGAUUUUGGGAUGGCUGAGGAGUUUGCAACAAAAGCACUGGAGCUGAAACCCAAAUCCUAUGAGGCCUACUAUGCCCGUGCAAGAGCUAAAAGAAGCAGCAGGCAGUUUACGGCAGCCCUGGCUGACCUGCACGAAGCAGCCAAGCUGUGCCCCAAUAACCGGGAAAUCCGUCGUUUGCUGGCUCGAGUGGAGGAGGAGUGUAAACAGAUGCAGCGUACCCAGACUAAAGGAGGCCUCGCUGGGGCUGCAGCUGCUUCCAGCCAGGCGUCAGGAGGCCACGAGUCUGACCAGGAGCAAGAUGAAGGACAGGAGGACCCUUCAGAGCACAGUCUUGCCCGGAGCUUGGAAGGACAAAGAGGCAUCCUGGAAGAGGAGGAAGAGGAGGAGGAGGCCUCACUGCAUGACAGGACAACUGACGCCUGCUGGUCACAGAACAGUUAUUCCUACAACAGAGUCUUACCCUCUGAGCCUGUCAGCAACAGUAUGGGACAUCAGAGUCAGAGUCUGAGCCCCGGCUCACCCCCAGGCCCCAGCCGGCUUCCCUCCCAUCGGUACCCUCGAGAGCACCGGGAGGCACAGGCCCAACAGGGCCUGGUCCUACAGCCCACCAAGCAAGCCCAGAUAGUCAAGACCAACCAGCAUAUGAGCUCCAUGCAGGCUGGGGGAGGGGCUGUGGGGGGCCGCCCAGCAGGGGCUAAAUCUCAGUAUGCUCCUUCCAGUCCCUUACCCAGCCGACACAUGUCCAGUAUGUUGAAGCCGGGCCCAGGCAUCGACAUCAGCCCUCUGCCGCCCCCAGCUGACGAGCCUGUAUACGGGAACCGCAUGUCGCUGGCGGCUUCCUCCAUCUCCAUGGGUCACAGUUGUGAAAACGAGAGCCUCCAUUCCUCCCAGGCUUCCUACUCAUCCUGCAGCAGCUCCAAGGGUCUGGGGCAAGACAGGUUGUCUGCCCACUCUGCAUCCUCCCUGGAUGGAUUGGCCUGCUCUGGCCCUGGACCCCAGGGGAACCACACUGACCCAGGAAAGGAAGGGAUGUGUGGUGCAGUAGGAUCGCAGGGAGGAGGAGGAGGCAGCAGCAGCAGCAUGCGUGUGUCCAGUUCCACCAGCAGCCUGGCGUCCAGCAGCAGUCUAUCAGACAGCGGCAAGCUGGGACCUGAUGUCCGCACCAAGAUCUCUGACAAAACAAAGCACAGCCAACAGGCCAGCUCUGCAACAGAGUACAAACCUAGACCCUUCAUGGGCAUAACUGACAAGAAAGCACGCUUUCAGCAACAGCAAAUUCUACAACAGCAGCAGCACCACGGCUUGCAAAGUCACCAGAACCUGCAGUCUGCCAGCCGCAGCUGGCUGAACCACUCGUCUGACGGUCUAGUGUGUCACAACAUGUCUGCAAUGGGCCUGCUGCCUGUCGACUGUGAGCUGCCUUACGCCAAAACAGUGAGCACUUACCAGGAGCAGCACAAACCUCCACCACCUCAGGGUGCUAUGGCAAUGAGUAGCUUACAAAACGGCAUGCACGCCAUGGAAUUCAAAGAGAAGUUCUGCCAAGCCGCCAACUGUUACAAGGAGUCCAAGCCAGCAUUGGCUAUGCCGCACACUUUCAUGGACAGUAAGCCUAAGCAGCCUGGCCUAGCUCGAGAUAAUCCUGCCAUUCACGUAGCUUCAAUGAAACCAAAGCGAUCAUUUAUAGAGUCGAAUGUGUAGAGAUGUUUUGUCUUAUCUCUCAUACAGUCCACAACGCGCGCACACACACAAGCAAAAAUCUAAAGCAAGAAAGACUUGUUUUAAUUUUUUUAACCAACUCCAAACACAAUACAGUCUCGUUUUUAAGUCUUGUAAGAAGUACAGUAUGCAAGUGGUUUGUUUUCCUGUGUGAAUACAGACUGCAGGCAGUGUACCGAAUGCUCCAGAUUUUUCUCCUCCCAACCUGUCGCUUGUGGCUGUCAGCUUCUGUUACAUGACAACAUGUCUGCCGUCGUUCAGCCAAGCUGGCGACAUUGCACUGAAGGAAGUAUUUGGACAUGUACUGCACAGUCCUCAUCAACGCAAUGGUGACAGUAAGCACUUUAUACACACUUAGGCCGCUCAAGUGCUUAAACAACAUAUUCAGUUACAGCAUAAUGUUAUUACAGAACAGUUUUGAGUGAGUGAAAUGGGGUUUGAAUUGUGUUCAUUACGUCCAUGGUGCUGAGAGAGGAGAAAUAAGGACGAUAAAGUCCUCAGUGAAGGUGUAAGAAAGUCUAAAGGACGGGCAUUCCUGUGUUUUACGAAGGAUGUUAUAGAUCCUUAUGUUGUGUAUAUUAUAUAAAUAUGUACUUUUCCUUCUUUUCAGUGAAGGUCUGUUAAGUGUAUUGACAAGUUCAGACUUGUGUAUUUUGAGUUUUAUGCACAAUGUUGUUCAAAUGGUGUUAAAGGUUCUAAAAAAAAAUCAUUUGUUAAAUGUAUUUGUACAUUAUAUAAAUCACCAUUAAUGUUGAAUUGAAAUCCUUUCUGUAUCUGCUUGUUGUUGCUGUCUAGUUUAAUUUAUUUACAGCGCCAAUGGCUUGGUUAAUUGUAAAAGCAAUAUAUUUUAUAUAGUUAUUUUUGCACAGCUACUAAGACAUUUUAUGAUUCUCAAUGAUGUUGAGUUUAAGUGCAUGCUACAAUUGCAGUUUAUAUUACAGAGUAAAAAAAAAUCUAUAAAAACAGAAAUGGUUUUGGGGCACAGUGCCAUCAGCUCUAUUUUAAUAUGUACGUUAAAUGCAAUUGUUGCCAUGUUUUCAGUAUUGUGAGCUUUAUUAGCUGUGAUCACAUACUGUAAUAGAACAUUACUGCCAUAGCCACCAUGGGAGAGAGAAAUAAAGACCCACUGAGGAAAAAACAAA